UAAUCAGUCUAAUAAAUUAAAAACUUCGGUAAGGAAUACAGGAUUAGUUUUACAUGUUCAAGUAACAAGGAAGUUAAAUCCCGUUAUGUUAUGUUAUAGUAAUAUUUUGAGUUAUUAGAUUUCAGUACAAGAAGUGCGAAUUGAGUUGAUCAAUUAAAUGUGCAUUCAAAGUAAUAGAAACGAGUAGUAAAUGUCUGUUAUAUAAAAAUGGAGUUUAGUGAUAUAAGUAAGACAACGUCUGAAACUAAGCGCCACAGAAAGACUAAUCUAUACGAGAACACGGCUGUUACUGUGGCAACGGUUGAAAACGAGCUUGUGGAUCAACCAGAAAAAGGCGAAGCAGAUUAUGAGCAAUUACACUUGAGCAGCAAAACAGAAACGGUAAAACAUAAUAAGAAGGAAAAUACACAAAAUCGGAACAAAAUUAUUAUUUAUACAAUUUUGGCAAUGCUUGUUUUGCUGUAUAUUGCAGUCAUAGUGUUGACUGUUAUCGUAUUCCUACCGAAAAGUCAAGUUCAUGGAGGUUGGAGCACAUGGUCCUCUUGCGGAUCUUGUUCAAUUUCGUGUGAUGUUGGCAUGCAGUCUCGUAGCAGGUCGUGUUUUACCCCAUAUCCCAGUCUCACAGGGGAUCAUUGUUUUGGGGACUCAAGAGAUGAUCGAAUAUGUUUACCUGGCGCUUGUUCUGAUGGGAGCUGGAGCAGCUGGAGUAGUUGGGGUACAUGUAGUGAGACUUGUGGCGGUGGAGUAAGAUCACAGACACGAACCUGUACAAACCCUGCACCAUCAUUAUUGGGGAAAGCGUGUAACGGUACUCCUGUACAAGUUAGCACCUGUAACAAGCAAACAUGUCCUGAAAAUAAGGUUGCUUUCACAGCGUAUGGAAUAUCAGGAACUAUGACAGCAAUAUUCUCUGAAAUAAUUCAGAACUAUGGCAAUGGGUACAGCAACUCCACCGGAGUGUUUCUAUGCACAAUCCCUGGCCUCUAUUACUUUUCAGGACAAUUUUCAAAGAAACAUGAUCACAAUAUUAAUAUUGACACAUUUUCCUGUUACAUUUUUUUGAAUUCAAAACCUCAGUUAGGCGCCAUCUAUGAUCCUCAUGAAGAUGCCGGCUCUGAAAAUGAUGCAAGCGGGUACUCCCUGAGUUUAUCUGGCACUUUUCAUUUAGAUACAAACGACACAGUCUAUAUCGGUGGAUGCAGUGGAAUCCAUGCCAUUUACACAGAUAAAAAACAUGAAAGUACAUGGACCAUAUAAUCUAUAC